AGGUUGUUAAAAUAAGUCACGUGAUAAGACAGAUCGAGUUGCUCUCCCGGUCCCUUUCUACAACACGCACUGGGCAGUGUCGGUUGUGUCGGUUGUUCAUAACAUCUACAAGUUUUUACAUUUAAUAUUACUUUUAGAAGUCUAAUUAAACAGUCUCAAAAUGGCAAAAUCCCAAAAACUUGGUUUCGCCGAAAAUUUUGCACUUAGUGGUGCUGCAGCUGUUAUUUCGAAAACCGCAGCUGCCCCAAUCGAACGUGUUAAGUUGAUGGUUCAAAAUCAAGAUGAAAUGAUUAAACAAGGAAAACUUACUGAACCAUACAAAGGGGUUAUUGAUUGCACUGCACGUACUUUCAAAUCAGAAGGUUUAAUUCCAUUCUGGAGAGGUAACUUGGCUAACUGUAUCAGGUAUUUCCCAACUCAAGCUUUGAACUUUGCAUUUAAAGACAAAAUUAAAAUCCUGUUUAAACAAAGCAAAAAUGACCACUACAUCAUAAAUUUUUCAAAAAACAUUGCCUCUGGUGGAUGUGCUGGUGCUUUAUCACUCUGCUUUGUGUAUUCACUUGAUUAUGCUCGAACCAAGUUGGCUAAUGAUACAAAAUCAUCUGCGAAAGGUGGACAGCGUGAAUACAAUGGACUUGUUGAUGUGUACAGAAAAACUUUAAAGUCUGAUGGUUUUGUUGGAUUGUAUCGAGGUUUUGUUAUCUCGUGCGUGGGUAUUAUUGUUUACAGAGGUUGUUACUUUGGUUUCUAUGAUACAUUAAAGCCAAUCCUUCUUGGUGAUGAUGCUUCAGUGAUCUUGUCUUUCGGUUUGGGUUAUGGUGUUACUGUGACUGCUGGCUUAAUCUCCUACCCAAUUGAUACAAUCAGAAGACGUAUGAUGAUGACUUCUGGACAGGCUGUCAAGUACAAGGGAUCCAUUGACUGUACUGUGCAAAUUUUAAAGAAUGAAGGGGCAAUGUCGAUGAUGAAGGGUGCUGGUGCCAACAUCCUUCGUGGUGUUGCAGGAGCUGGUGUGUUGGCUGGUUUUGACAAAUUCAAGGAAGUUUACAUCAAAAUGCGAAAUAACGCUCAAUAAGUAGUGAAUGUUUGGAAUAGAACUUUUUUAAAAAUUAGGUACCAAACGUGAAUGUUUGGUGUAAAUGUGUCAACAAGAAUUGUAACUAACUUGUUCUGUUGAUAUUUAUAAUAAAUGAUCUGUGACGCUA